UCCUACUGCUUCCCCAUCAGGCAAGGAUCGGGAAUUCCAUGUCAUGGCAUAUCCUACUGUUUCCCGCAAUCAAACCAGAAUCGGGAAUUCCGUAUUACGGCAAACCCUACUCUUUCCCGAUCAGGCGUUCGUCAUGCAUCUAGCAUUCCCGAUCUAAUGUCUGCUCAUAUCUUCCCUUUCCCCAAGUAACCGUCGCGGUGUGCACACGCGUUAGAGCAAGUGUCGAUAGUGUGUAUACAUGUAUCAGAAUGUGCGAGCAAGGCAGCUGCACCCGAGCAAGUAACAGCAAAAUCUUAGUAAAUUGAUCUUAUUGUAUGUUUUAUUUUAUUAUUUUUUUCGAAGACUGCGAGUGCCUCGAACUUGUCUAUGGAAUUAAAAUAAAUUCAAACUGCAUACAACGUUAACAGGUGUGCUUCACAUGAAUGUUAUGGCUGCCGCACAUGAUAAUGCGAAAGAGAAUAGCGAUCGUUCAGUCAAAGUGGCGGAACUAUUAAUGGAUGCAAUAGUUAGAAGCGCAGGAAAGGCUGCACAAGAAUUACUGAAGAAUUACAAUGAGGAUGCGAGCAUUCUCAGCAGUGCCAAAAUGACAUGCCUGCAUGUGGCCGCAAGGCAGGGUCAACGUGAACUAUGCACCCUCCUUCUAGAUGCUGGUGCUUCUUUACAUAUGGUCGACGAGAAAGGAAACACGCCUUUGCAUUAUGCGAUACUCGGCAAUCAGCCAGAAACAACGGGUCUACUGUUAUCGCGAGGCGCAGCCAUAAAUGCUCUCAACUACGAAGGAGAUAGUGCUCUGCAUACGGCUGCGUUGUAUGGUUACCGCGAACUCUGCAUCCUUCUUUUAGACGCUGGUGCUUCUUUGCGUGUGCUCGACAAGAACGGAAACACACCUUUGCAUUGCGCGGUACUGAAAAAUCAUCCAGAAACAACGGAUCUAUUGAUAUCUCGCGGCGCAGCCAUCAAUGCCGUUAACAACGCCGGACGUAAUGCUCUGCAUGAGGCCGCGUCGUAUGGUCACCGCGAACUCUGCACCCUCCUUUUGGAUGCUGGUGCUUCUUUACAUUUGGUCGACAAGGGCGGAAACACGCCCUUGCAUUGCGCGGCACUCAACAAUCACCCAGAAACAACGGGUCUACUGUUAUCGCGAGGCACAGCCAUAAAUGCUCUCAACUACGAAGGAAAUAGUGCUCUGCAUACGGCUGCGUUGUAUGGUUACCGCGAACUCUGCAUCCUUCUUUUAGACGCUGGUGCUUCUUUGUAUGUGUACGACAAGAACGGAAACACACCUUUGCAUUGCACGGUACUGAAAAAUCAUCCAGAAACAACGGAUCUAUUGAUAUCUCGCGGCACACCCAUCUUUGCCGUUAACAACGCCGGACGUAAUGCUCUGCAUGAGGCCGCGUCGUAUGGUCACCGCGAACUCUGCACCCUCCUUUUGGAUGCUGGUGCUUCUUUACAUUUGGUCGACAAGGGCGGAAACACGCCCUUGCAUUGCGCGGCACUCACCAAUCAACCAAAGAUAACGGAUCUAUUGAUAUCUCGCGGCGCAGACAUCCAUGCCUUUAACAACGCCGGACGUAGUGCUCUGCAUGUGGCCGCGUCGUAUAGUCAGCGCGAACUCUGCACCCUCCUUUUGGACGCUGGUGCUUCUUUACGUGCAGUCGACAAGGGCGGAAACACGCCCUUGCAUUACGCGGCAUUCAACAACCAGCCAGAAGUAAUGGAUCUACUAUUAUCCCGAAGAGCGGUAGUCAAUGAAGUCGACAACAACAGACAUACUGCUCUGCACAUGGCAGUUAACAAACAGCACGUCCAAUGCGUCAAAGUGCUGCUGCGUUAUCAUUGCGACGUCCAGCUCCAGGACAUGUAUGGCUAUACGGCGUUGCACUAUGCGAUCAAGAACAACGCGUUGGAUGUGAUCGAUGCGUUAUGCAUCGAGAGGGUCGACUUAACAUUAAAUGACAAGAAGGGCUUUAACAUGCUGCAUUAUGCCGCGUUUGUGGGCAACGUUUAUGCAACAAAGAGGCUGGUUACACAAGUGCCUCACUUGGUGGAUGUGAAAAUGAAGGACGGAAAUGCAGCGUUGCAUCUAGCAGCGUUGAAAGGACACAGAGAAGUCGCGUCUAUGCUUCUUUCGCAGAAUGGCGGCCUCGCCGAAGUGAAUUUGCGUAACAAUUUAGGACAAACGCCAUUGCACUUAGCAACUUCAGAAGGACACUUGUCGCUCGUCGAACUGCUGGUACAGCAUAAUGCGGACGUCGGUAAUAUAGAUGUGAACGGAAACACCGUACUGCAUAUUGCGUGCGAUUUAGCCAAGAACAAGAGCCAAAAAAUUGUGUCUAUACCCGAAAGUAUCCGAGAUUUACCACUUAUACAUGCGUAUAAGUGGUACGCUGUACGUUACUGUCUUUCAAUUUGUUCUCGCAAUGUAGUUGAAGUGGCGGAACAGUUGAUGGAUGCAAUAGUUACAGGCGCGGGAGACGCUGCACAAGAAUUCCUGAAAAACCACCCUGACAAUGUGGACGCGAACAUUUUCAGCAGCGCCAAAAUGACAUGCCUGCAUGUGGCCGCGAAGAAAGGUCAACGCGAACUCUGCACUCUCCUUCUGGACGCUGGUGCUUCUUUACAUAUGGUCGACGAAAAGGGAAACACGCCUUUGCAUUAUACGAUACUCGGCAAUAAACCGAAGAUAACGGAUCUAUUGAUAUCUCGCGGCGCAGCCAUCAAUGCCGUCAACAACGCCGGAAAUAGUGCUCUGCAUAAUGCCGCGUCGUAUGGUCACGGCGAACUCUGCACCCUCCUUUUGGACGCUGGUGCUUCUUUACAUGCAAUCAAUAAGAAUGGAAAUACGCCCUUGCAUUGCGCGGCAUUCAACAAUCAGCCAGAGAUAGCGGAUCUACUGUUAUCGCGGGGCGCAGCCGUCGAUGCCGCCAAUAACGACAGGUGUAGUGCUUUGCAUGUGGCCGCGAGAAAAAAUCAGCUCGAACUCUGCACCCUUCUACUGGACGCUGGUGCUUCUUUGCGUAUGCUCGACAAGUACGGAAAUACACUCUUGCAUUACGCGGCAUUCAACAAUAAUCAGCAGAUAAUAGAGCUGCUGUUAUCGCGAGGCGCAUCCAUCAAUGCUGUCAACAACCUAGGACGUACUGUUCUGUAUGUGGCCUCGUAUAAUUGUUCGCGCGAGGUUUGCACCCUUCUUCUGGACGCUGAUGCUUCUUUGCAUGUAGUCGACGUGGAUGGAAACACGCCCUUGUGUUACGCGGCAAUAUGCAAUCGGGUGGACAUAACGGAUCUACUGUUAUCGCGAGGCGCAGCCAUCGAUGCUGUCAACAAUAAUAAAGAA